AUGAAGAAGACGGUUAGCAUACUUUUUAUUCUGGUCACAGUGUUUCUCAAAGUGCAAUGCAAUGGUGUUCAUAACGAUGAGGCGGCGGAUGUGCUGAAUCAUUCCAAUAUCGACGAUUCCAACAAUUCCUCAGACCCAAAUCGGAAUGCAGGUGAGCAAGGCGACACCAUGGGAGAGGACGAAGAUCGGCUGGUCAUAGAUCUCUUUCGAGAGUACAACUUCUUGAUUAGGCCUGUUAGGAAUGUGAGCAGCCCUCCUGUGGUAGUGGACUUUGGAGUGGCCAUGAUCCUCUUGAUCAAUGUAGACGAGAAGAAUCAGAUUCUACAAACCAACGUCUGGUUGACAAUGAAGUGGAAUGAUUUUCAGCUAGCUUGGAAUCCAGCAGAAUAUGGCAAUAUCUCCAACCUUCACGUACCAUCUGACAGAGUAUGGCUUCCAGACAUAGUAUUGUUCAACAACGCCGACGGAAACUAUGAAGUCUCUUUCAAGUCCAAUGUUUUUGUGGACCACCAUGGGGAUGUCACGUGGGUUCCACCUGCAAUGUUUAAGAGCAGUUGUCGCAUUGACGUGGAGUGGUUUCCAUUCGAUGAACAAUGCUGCACUUUGGUGUUUGGGUCAUGGACCUAUAAUUCCGAAGAAGUCAGGUUACAUUGGUACAAUAACAUUCAAGCUGUACAAUUGCACGAUUACUCAUACUCUGGCAUCUGGGAUGUUAUUGAUGUACCUGGACAACUAGUGCAUAAACCAGAUUUAAAAGAGAACAAAAUGGUUUUCAACGUGGUGAUACGGCGGAAAACGUUAUUCUACACCGUCAUCCUUAUCAUCCCAACUGUCCUCAUGGCAUUUUUGUCCGUUAUGGCAUUUUAUCUUCCAGUGGAUUCUGGAGAAAAAGUCUCACUGACCAUUUCUCUACUUCUCGCUCUUGUUGUGUUCUUGCUGUUGGUUUCGAAAAUCUUGCCACCUACUUCAAAUAUUCCACUUAUGGGAAAAUACCUCUUACUUGCAUUUGUACUCAACAUUGUUGCAGUUGUGGGAACAGUGGUAAUUGUGAACAUUUACUUUCGAAGUGCACUUUCUCACAAAAUGCCCACAUGGGUCAAAAAAGUGUUUCUAGAGUUUCUACCUCAUUUGCUGGUUAUGAAACGGCCAGAAAGGAUACCAAUAUUCAAUGGGUACUUUGUUGAGGAGUAUUGUGCAUCUGAGAUUUUUGAUGCGAGUCUGGUGAUGCCGUCAAUGACAGCAACAAUGCUUCCGUUCUUGCAAGUGACAUCGAAUCUGAACAAAGAAGCCAGUUCCGCGAGCUCCGGACAAUCUUCCGAGCAUCAUGAGAAUUGCUCAAAAUGGAAGAAACGAUUAUCAAUAAGAAUGUCGCGGCGGAGAGCUCCUAGAGCAAGAUUGGAUGAUGAUGGUGAAGACAUUGUGGACGACUCCAAUGGAAACCACGUGGAUUCAUUGCAAGAAAAAAUCAGCAAAGAAAUGAAAACGACAGUAGAAGCCAUUGCAUACAUUGCGGAGCAUAUGAAACGAGAAAUGAGUUUGAAAAAAAUGCGAGACGAUUGGAAGUAUGUGGCAAUGGUAUUGGAUAGGCUGAUCUUGCUGAUUUUCUUUGGGGUGACACUAGGAGGAACAUUAGGAAUAAUAUGUUCAGCACCUCACGUAUUUGACUUUGUUGACCAGGAGGCUAUCAUCAACAAGCUGAAUGCAAGAUAUCUACCUUCAGAUAUGUACUCAUAG